CCCCUCUCGGUCAAACGUCCCUACCUGUCGAAAGUAUGGUUUGGGAUGGAUUCGCCCAUCCCAUAGGGAUAGACGUUGCGAUUGAGACGCUAGUCCAUUACAUUACUUUGCAUCGCAGUUGUAGGGAAUCAAGACAAUUAUUCUAAUAAUUGUUAAAGAUGUCGGAUGACGAAGAAUUAUCUGAUGAAAGGUACGACAGUGAGGUUGAGGAUGAUGAAAAGGUCUUUGAAAGUGAUGCUGGAAAGAGAGCAUAUCAUAACUUACUUGAGAGGAAAAGAAGAGAUAAUAUCAAAGAUAGUUUUUGUCAGCUGAGAGAUGUUUUACCAUCUUUCAGUAAGAAAAAAAAAGUACGGGCUUCUAGAGUCCAAAUUUUGAAGAAAUCAUGUGAUUUCAUCAAACAGCAACCAGAGCUUCAAAAACUGAAAGAGGAAACAGCAAGUUUAGAAGAAGAAAACAGACUUCUGGAGAAAUCAAUUGCCAGUUUAGACGAGGCAAUUGCAAAUAAUGAUUUAGAAACUAUAGCAAGAUUUGAGCGCACAAACCUGCCUUUAAAACGUAGAUAUUACAUGCUAGAAAGUGAAGAUACAGGUUCAGAUGACCAUGAAACUUCCGAUGAAGAUGGUGGUUCUUCUCCUCCUGAGCCUUCUCCUGUUCCUGCCCCUCAGCGUAAAAGGGUUAGAAAGAGUUAGAAAUGUAUCGCUGUCAACAUAUUGUUAAAAAUUGUUGCAUUAUAAGGACAUAUUUAUACUAUAUGUAUAGAUAGAUACCUUUCAUUGUAUAUUUUUCCCCCAUCAUAAUAAAAUCAUGCUUUUUAAUAUUUU